UCUGCGCACAUGUUGACGCUCGUAAACUGCCGAGAGAAAGAGCUAGCAAAGACACAAACCGAUGAACUGCCGGCUAGUCGGUGGGUGUGAGAAACAGAGAGACCACAGAGAGAGAGAGAGAGAGAGAGAGAGAGAGAGAGAGAGAGAGAGAGAGAGAGCGAGAGAGAGCGCUGAUGCUGGUCGCCCCGAUGCUGCUCAAGCAACGGAGUGUGUAUUGAGGGAUCUGUCGUAUCAAAGUAGGAGAUAGAGCCGUUAACGACUGUUUCUGGAAGCUGCUGUUUUUAUAUCAUAUUACUGAAGCAAUGCAGUCCCAGGGCAGCACUUCCUCUCAGCCCUCCUUCGAUUCCCUGAGUUUCAGUGACAGCCUCUUGUUGAGCGACUCGGAGCAGGCAGAGGAUGACACAGACGUCUUCCUGACAGACAGCUCAUCCCCUGUCAUCGUUGGUGGCGUGAACGGGGCUACGACUAAUGAAGACAGAGGGUCGGAGAGUCCUGGGUCCCAGUGGACGUGCGAUGGCUUCACAGAUAAAGAGGAAGAUGAGGAGUCAUACAGGUCGGAGAACAGCACCAAGGCAGCUCAAAUCAAUUUGGGCAAGACAGAUCCCACAAGCCAGAUUCCUAAAUCACAGGGAGACCUGCUGUUUGCUCAAAAGUGUGCUGAGCUACAGGGUUUUGUCAGGCCCCUUCUGGAGCUGCUGAAUGGACUGAAGAGUGGCCGCUUCGAUCGAGGUUUGAGUAGUUUCCAGCAGAGCGUUGCCAUGGAUCGGAUACAGAGGAUUGUGGGUGUUUUACAGAGACCCAACAGCGGGGAGAAGUACCUGAACACUCUUCUCCAGGUGGAGAUAAUGCUGAAGCAUUGGUUUCCUCAGAUUCACUCUCAGCCUGUCUCUGCCGCCUCCAGCGUCACUGCAUCCCCUGCUCACUCAAUCCAAGACACUUCCAGCUCCACCCCUCCACACAAGCACAGGGAUCAGUUACACAUUCCCGUCAAGAAGCGCAGGCUCAGCUGGACAAGCAUGUCCUCCCCCACGCCUUCCCCUGUGCUUCUCAAGUGCCCUCGUAUCAGUGGGAAAGAGAAGAAGGGGAAGCAAGAUUGUGAUGAAAGGGACGGCCCACUUCCUCCAUCAUUGGAACCUGAUGCAAACCAAAUUUCACCAGAUGUUGCUGGUGACAGCCAGCUAAAUGAGGACACAAAGGAAAAGCACAGUGGCAGCGAGGAACUAGGCAAGCAAUCAAAAUACCAAGCAGGUCAGAGCUCUGAGCCGAGCCUGACAUGGGUUCACGUUGCCCCCAUCCUUUCCCCACGAAAGGCUUGCACUCCACAUAAGGGCACAACAGUGGCAGGCAACAAUGAAAACCAGCCAGUCAGUGUCAUCCUCCCACCCAGCAGGAGGGGCAGUCCAGCUAUGCAAGACAGCUCCAUCUCUUCUACCACACCUUACAAGCACCCCAAAAAUCUGAAGAAGCCAAUCAGGUCCCAAAGCCAGCCAGUUGCUGUACAACAGAUUGAGUCCACAGAGACAUGUCCGGGUGAAAGUCAGUCUUCUCAAGUCACGCUUACGCCUUUGCCCAAGGAAUGCCCCACUCCCUUGGAGACCUGAUGCAUUGAACAACGGCAAGCAAAGAGCUGGCAGCUUUACUGUGUUACACCACCAGGCUAAAAGCUGCUGUGUGAGAAAGAGGCUGAAAGCCUGUGAUUAUAGAUGCAUUAAAGGAAGGAAGGGGAGGAAAGAAAUUUAAUGUGAUAAAUGUUUAAGAGAAAUGAGGGAUCAUACAUAACCCCUCAUGAAAACCACAAUUGCAACUGAUAUUUCAAACAGCAGGAGAUAAUGUGUUUAAAUGAAUCAGAACUAUUAGAGUUGAUAAUCAGAAAAACAUAAUAAUCUAAACGGGCACAAAGCAGUUGUGGUUGAGGGGGAUGAAAGAGAACACCUAAAGCUGGAAGGCUAUUUACAGCUUGUUGAGUAAUGAUCGAUUGGAGAGAUUUUGAAGAAUUUUGUGGCGCAAAUAAUAGAUUCUUCUCAGCAUGGACGCAAUCACUAUAUUCAGAGAUGACUGUUUAGGCAGACAUCUAACUUGAAGGACAAACUUGAUCCGAAAUUUAAAAAUCUGAUGUCAGUAUUUACAAUGAAAGCUUCCAAGGUUUGUUGUGAUGAGGUAACUUCAAUCAAGAGUGAGUAACGCAGUGUGAGCUGAAUUUGAUGAGGUCUUACGGCAGGAGACACGCUUGACGUUACAUUCACUUGUAGAUAGAAUUGAGCCAUCUGGCUUGAAGAGGAAAAGUGACAUUGAAGUCAUUAAUAAUCUUGUAGCCAGAGAUGUGACGCAGCAUUAUACUGUAUGUGUGUUAAGAGUCAUUGAAGACUGGAAAAAGUUAAGUUAAUAAAAUUGCGAAUGUAAUCCAAGAGGUGUUUGGGCACUUGGCAUCGAGAGGUAUGACAUCACUGCAAUCAGAAGUAAACUUUUCUUGUCAUGCUGUGGAUCAGAUGUUUCUGCUCGGUCUUCAACUGCAAACUGACUGGCCAGGUGAAAAAAACAAGCACCACUCAAUGACAUAUGACUCUUGAAUCCCAUAGUUAAUUUAUUCAUAUGUUGAUUGGACACUGCAUUUAUUUAUUGUUUAUAUUUAUUUAUUGGGCAGAUGAAUAUUGCCUGCUGUGCGCUUGCAUAGUUUGGCUUACAAUUCUUUUGAGGGUAUUGGGAAUAUGCUGGUGACAGUUUGUGUGUUUUUUUUUUAUUGCUAUCAUGAGGAGAAAAAAACAAACAAGGGAAGUGAAAUGUAUGAUUGGACUUUUGGACUACUGUGCCUUUUUACCAAAUAGGAUGUGUUCAGAAAAGCAUUUGGGGCUUUCAGUGCAUUUAUACUGCAUUUUGAUUGUUUGCUUGUAUUUCACAAAAGCAGUGCACAUUCAAUCAUGAAAGACCAUAUGUAGUCAUUUUCAUUUUGCUUCUACAGUUAAUACACACAGCAUCCAAACCAACAGUAUCAUCAACUAUCUAUCUACAGCUUAAAA